AUGAUAGUUCAGCGACCUCCGAACUUUUGUACUUUGAAGUCUUGUCGAGUUGAGCCGGUAACUAUAGCCUCCGGACCAAUGAAUCCUCAUAAUGAUACUACUCAAAAUGAUACUAUAUUGGCCGAGAUAAUCAAAAUUAAUCGACUAAACAAAUUAUCGAAGUUCCCAGCAAUUCCCGGUUUGAAGAUGAUCGAUGAUUUACCAACUCUGUACAAACUUAAGAGAAUUGGUGUAACUAAUGCAAACGGCUCAGGAAAUAUUACUGUGGUUAUACUUGGCAACAGCUUGGCACUGUCGGCUUUGCAUUACAUAGUUCCAGCUUUCGGUCUGCAUAGAAUCCGACACAUCAAGUUAUUGAGCGCAUCUGGUUGUAUACCAAUUUAUAAUGUUGAAGCACCGAAAAAUCGCCAUCCGAAAUGUCCGGAAUUUUCCAAAGUUGCGAUGGAAAUUAUUCAAAAAAUGAUGCCUGAUGUUAUCUUUUUAAAUUUCAUGUAG